CUGCUCACGUGCUGCUCUCAGUUCAGAUAUGCAUACGAUGGGUCGAGGGACGAAUUCCAGGUCAGCAGCAAUGCUGUGACCGCUUCACAUGCUCUAUGUCCUACCGCUUCCUCCUCAUCAGACGUGGGCAAUAUUUGAUUCUCAAGCGAACUCGUGCCCUGUUCGCGCUAGAGCUGUUAACAGUUGCUGCACCAUCCACGGCACGCUGCCAUGACUGCUCUCUUCAUCAACAAGCGGUGAUGAUGCCAAGUUAUUGGAUAUUAGCAAUGUCUGCUUACAUCCUAGUCCACGUGAUCAAUGGUCUGUCUCGGCGGAUGGCUCGUGGUUCACGGCAGACCGUGUUCGCCCUCGUUAGGACAUUUCUCCGCAUCGCGGCCAACGAUCAUUGAUGAUCGUGUUUUCCUCCUGCCGCAGCUAGUGUGUUGUGUAAUGUAUUAU